CAGGAUAUGCCUCUCACAAAGGAUCUCUUUCAUCCUUCUUCAGAAGAAGAGAAGAGGGAACACAAGAGGAAGCCUGUGGUGCAGAGCCCCAAUUCCUACUUCAUGGAUGUGAAAUGCUCGAGAUGCUAUAAAAUCACCACCAUCUUUAGCCCUGCACAAAUGGUAGUUUUGUGUGUUGGCUACUCUACUGUCCUCUGCCAGCCUACAGGAGGAAAAGCAAGGCUUACAGUAGGAUGCUCCUUCAGAUGGAAGCAGCACUAA